CAUGAUAUAUAUGACUGAAUUGUGCAAUUGAAAUGUUUCCUCUUGGCAUGAAUAUAGCCCCUGCUGCUGACAUGGCAUUAAAUGAUAAAUAAAUAAAUCACAACAUGUUAUAUGUAAGAUAAUAUAUGUAUUAUAAUGGAUUUAUAAUCUGCUAUAAUAUGGCGGUCGUUUUGGACCAGGAACACAAAACUACCUAUCAUGAAAUGAACACAACAGGAGGGUAAAUGCUGUGUUUCCAGGCUACAAUGGCAGUUAGUGUAACGUGUUAUGUAGUGUUUCAGGCAACGACAUGGCUUCAGCUAAGUCUCACAAAGGCAUGAGUAAUGCUGAAUGGCUUGCGCGUCUGGAGAGUUUUGCCCAAACAGGAGUUUGGCCAUCUACGCAGGGGAAUAAACCUUCUCCCCAACAAAAAAGAUGGCAUGAGUUGUAUCAGAAGAUAGAAAAGUGCCCUCUGCAAAUGAGGGGACAGACCACUCUUCUGAAGGAAGCUCAGACAUGUAUUUGUGGAUUUCACAAGGUUCAUCCACCAGUCACAGUGGAAGCAUCACAGAGCACCCCGACCCAAAGCACACCCUCUGUCAGUGAUGUGUCAUGUGCUGCAAAGAGAGCUAAACUAACAUUGUCAAUGUUUGAAAAGUCAAGGUUUGGAGGCUCACAUGUGGCAGCAGCAAAACCUAAUUUGAGCACCCAGAGGAAAACCUCUCAGAUGUUAGAGCACUCCAGUUCAGCUGCAGUUUCAUGUCCACCCUCUGAUCCUCAUCCUUCUCCAUCCCCCAAACCUCAUCAGCCUGUCAUCCAGUCCUCCUCUUCCUUCUUCCUUCCUCCACCUCAGAGUUCACAACGCAUCAAAGAAACAGCAACGCCAUCAACUGUUUCUGAGAAUACUGUUGUGAGGAGCCCAGUCGAAUCUCAGCCAGAAGAUCUCCCCCUUCUGUGGCCACAGACAAUGCCACAGCAAGACCAGAAGUGGGUGUCGGAAGUACUUUUUAGGGUUGGUGCAAAGGGAAAGCUGGAGCUGCGUGAAAACCUACAGUUGUGGUAUCACCCCCCACCACCAGCCCUGUUGUACCACCAAGCUCCAACACCUGAUAGGUUUUUUUCACAGUGUCUCUUGCUCUGGAUGCCAUAUAAGCUGUGGAAGGUGCGGUUCCAGUGUACUAACCCUGCCUGUGCCACGCAACAGCUGUGUGGUGGUGGACUGCACAGGAGGGUACGACAGGUGUUAGACAUUGACAGAUACUACAACCUGGUGACAGAGACCCUGAUCUGCACCAGGUGUAGAACCAGCUACCUGCCCUGGAGUCAUGCUGUGCUGCAGCAGUUGGACCUGGCCCAUCGAUCUGAAUUCAGGGUCAUCCUCACACGCAAGUAA